GUGAGGGCUUCACUCUGGGUCCAGCUCCACUGGACGCAAUGAACAGUAACUUCUGUCGGGCCCUUGUGGACUGCGGGGCUCCCAGCGGCAUGCAGUUGGGUGUCGUGGCCCCUGCAGGACAGACGCCUCUGGCAGCCACCGAGCCCCUGGGCAACGUGCCCUUCUUACUGUACCCGGGCCACACCGAGCCGCCUUACUAUGACGCCUACGCUGGGGUGUUUCCCUAUGUGCCCUUCCCCGGCGCCUUUGGGGUCUACGACUACCCGUUCGAGCCCGCCUUCAUCCAGAAGCGCAAUGAACGUGAGCGGCAGCGCGUAAAGUGCGUGAAUGAGGGCUACGCGCGCCUCCGCGGCCACCUCCCCGGAGCCCUGGCGGAGAAGCGGCUCAGCAAGGUGGAGACCCUGCGUGCCGCCAUCCGUUACAUCAAAUACCUGCAGGAGCUGCUGAGAGCCGCCCCCGACUGCGGCGAUCCACCGGCUGCCACCUCCCCGCCACCCGUCCGCACCGGCCAGGGCAACUCGCCGCAGCCCCCCUUCCGGGUGACGGAGUCCAGUGGGUCCUCCCCCUUCUCCCCCUCGCCUUUCUUGGAGUCGGAGGAACCCAGUCUUUGAUCAGGCCAGAGGUCUCGACUUGUCCUUCUAGGAAUCAGUAUGGGAGUUUCUGGGUCAUCUGUGCCGGGCAGGAUCGUGAUGUUCAAGGUCUGUGCUCCCAUCUCCACCCACUUGGGCCAAAUGUGCAGGCCCCGAGUAGAAACCGCGAGAUGCGGAUCCUUAGAGGUGGUGAGUGCGGUGAGGAGCGGAGUCCAGGACAGCUCCCGGACCUGAUUGCUGCUUGGCCUCAGCAUGACUCUGUUGUCCCCCUACAGCAGCAAG